UUAUGCAGCCUUGGCAAGCUCCAGCGACGCCAUCUCCACAUCGACUCUAUCGCCUUCGACAACCUCUACACCUUUGGUAACCUCUACGCCUUCAACGACCUCUACACCGUCAACAACCUCUGCACCUUCGACAAGUUCUACCCCUUCAACAACCUCUACACCCUUGACAACCUUUACACCUUCUUUCGGCAUCAACAACUCAGAUUUGAGAGACUUGUCAACCCCGAGCAGUACGGGAUCCAUAUUCGCAGACAGCUCCGAUAACGACAUUGCGUUAUCGACUCUAUCAUCGCUAGUAGCCUCUUCAUCCUCUCUUUUCCUCACUAGCAAUUGGGACUUUACCACAGAUUCAGGACCGACUAUAUUUAGAUCGAAAUUUCCAAUGACCACUGAUACUGAUAUCUUUUCGUCGACGUUGCUAAUCCCGACAAACUUUGCGCCGACUUCGCUCAGUACUAUUAAUCCAGGUUCCACCACUUCACCAAGACCGAGCAGUUCAAAUUCUAUAGGUGCUGUAAGCUCUAACAACAACGUCUCGUUGCCACGUUCAACCACCCCAACGACUUCUGCAUUCUCUUUACUCAGCAUCGGCUUAAAUCCACCUAGCCCUCCUGUCUCCUGCGCCACGAGGAUUGCAACUGCUGUGAUACUGGACAUGAUGGACCCCCAAGAAAUCACGUACUGCACCUGCAACGACGGCCAGACAGCCGCGGUCGGUAGCACGAUUGGCGGUGAUAGCUCAACUACCUACAUAAGUAGCGUCGCCUCGACUCUUUGGACUGUCAGCACCGCAGCACCUGUCAUACUACCAACGAGAGCGACACCGACGGUGACAAUUCCAGCGACGAGUGAAACGCCAUCAUCCACCACGCCACAGCCCACCCCGCAGGAAAGUUGUCACACACAAUACGCAGCAUUAUUCGAUAGCUUCAGUAUCUAUGGGCAUGACUGGGAUACUGAAAGGCUGGACGCCGGUGGCCCCCCUGGUAGCGGUGCUGGCCUUCUCCAGCAACUUCGUGGAUGCUCGAAAAUUACGAUGUGGAAAUUCGAGAACCUCACACCGGAUUCGAACUCACCGUGGCAGUUCCAUGCUUCGGGAAGGACGACGAUUUGGCAGAAGCGCUGCAUUGAGCAUGCUAUGAUUUCGGCAGGGUCGCCAUCGGAUGUGUGCAAUGGGCAUGGCUGACAGCCGGUGUGGCGUCUGGGUAAGUGUUCUAGGGCCCUGUGUAGAGACCAGAUAUUGUGUGAGAUAUCUCACACAAUAGCUGUACCCGAGCAAAGAAUAGAAGUCUUGUGAGGUAGCCUAUCUGGCUUCGAUUAAGUGUUGUAAAAAAUGUAUUCUCUCAAACUUCUUGGGUGCCCAAGCUUGUCAAAUCAAUGUAAGGAACAGGCAAUCCCUAGUACAAUUGCUUGAACUCGAUUGCUACUAUUCGAGCUGUCUCGAGCCGUCAUGAAGCCGUUUAAGAACAUAUUCACGAUCUCCUGUUGACUGGCUACAUCACUGUUCUUGACGCCGGCAGAACUUGUACCUCGACUACACACAUCAU